AUGGGUGGAGGCAGGAGGGGAUUCGCGAGCCACACCGAUUAUCCGAAGGGGCUGCAAAGGGGCAUGAAUAACACAACUAAUGUCCCCGUGGGAGGGGAGAACCUCUACAGACGCGUAGGUGGUCCCGGCUACCCCAUGCUCUUUGAUGUCAAAUACGACAGACCGACCUGGCAGCCGCUGUGGGAAGAUGAGCAUGAAGUUAUUCCCCGAGACGGAUACGGCGUUCCAGCCCACAUACCCCCGGAGAUAUCGACGCAGAUAAAGCAUGUCUUCCACGUGCCGCCGCAGUUUUAUCCUUUUUUGAAAAAGCUGGGUGACGACACCCCAGAAUUGAAGCCGUACAUGGAGAAAUUGAUCAAGGGGGAGCUAACAUUCAGCGACUACGAAGAUAUGUUUUACAAAUUUGCAAAGCCCGCAAAGAUUUACCGACGGCAGAUCCCCACGCCCUACCGGACUCCUGAGGAAAUUGCACGUGAACAAGAAGUUGCGUGGGAAGGCGCUUGGCUUUCUUAUCGGCAGCGGGUUCUAGCGGAUUACCAGUCGGCAAUGUACCUGCGUGAGUACUUGUUUGGCGCCAUUGUGGGUGUUUUCUUUGGUUACUUGUGGUUGGACCAGCACAGGCAGUACCGCAUCGAUAUGAAGCUCUUUUAUCUUGAGGCUCCCGAGAAUAAGAUCAACUGGGUGAAGCCCAGAGGAGACUUAGUGUGA